CGCCCGUCAGGGCCCCGCCGUUGCCACGGUGAGGGCGCGGGGCGAUGGCGGCCUUGGAGCUGUUCUCGCACCCCGCGCUUCACACGCGGUACCGCGCCGGUCUCUGCUCCGCUGCCGCGCUGGCGCUGCUGCUCGUCACGCUGCUCACCUACGUGCCGCCGCUGCUCGUGGCCUACCGGAGCCACGGUUUCUGGCUGAAGCAGAGCUCGUACCUGGAGCAGCCCACAGUGCGGUUCCGGUACGAGCUGCUCCUCGUGGCCACCACAGGGCCCAGCCCGGGCAGCUUCUUGGCGUGGAGCACGUUUCCAGCGUUCAACCGGCUGCAGGGGGAGCGGCUGCGGGUCCCGCUGCUGUCGACUACAGAAGAAGACAAAAACCAAGAUGGCAAAAUGGAUCAGUUGCAUUUUCGAUUGGAACUUCCGCUACAACCUACAGAGCAUGUAGUUGGUGUUCAGCUGAUUCUACUCUUUUCCUACCAGCUUUAUAGGAUGUCAACGUUUGUGAUGCAGAGCAUGGCUUUUCUUCAGUAUUUUUCUCCUGUGCCAGGGUCUCAGCUGUAUAUGAAUGGAGACCUGAAACUGAAGCAGAGGCAAUUACUUAACUAUUGUGGACUGGAUACCAGAUACAAUGUGUCUCUGGUCAAUGGCGCAAGUCCCUUUGCAAGUGAUUAUGAUCUAACAAACAUCAUUGCAGCAUAUCGGGAUAGAAAUGUUACAACAGUCUUUUCAGAUCCCAACCCUCUCUGGAUGGCUGGAAGAGCAACAGAUACACCAUUUAUCAUUAACGCCACUAUUCAUUACCCAGUGGAAGUUAUCUUAUAUCAGCCAGGAUUUUGGGAAGUGAUUAAAUUUGCCUGGAUCCAGUAUGUCAGCAUUCUCCUUAUAUUUCUUUGGGUGUUUGGUAGGAUUAAAAUGUUUAUAUUCCAGAAUCAUGUGUUGACGACAACUUCAGUAACACCAGUUUUGCCAGUGUCUCCAGUACUGUCCUACAAACAGCACCAGUCCUGAGGAGAUACUUGAGAAUACUUUAAAGAAAUGCAGUUCAAAAAAUAGAUCCCUGACUUUGUGUGUUUUUUACUUAGGAAGAUCAAACUUUGUAGGUGUGUUCCAAUUUUGUUCUGUUUUUGGUUUUUUUUUCAAGUACACGUUCAUUCAUCUUUUUCUCUGGGAACACUGCUUUGGGACUGAAAAGUUUUGUAUCUUUGACAGAAGAAGAACCUAGUUUUUUGUUUGGUUUUUUUUUUCAACUAGAACACACUUCGAAAACCAGCAGAAAGCAAUGAAGCUGCUUUUUCAUGAUCUUGAUUUUGCUUAACCUUGAAGAUUGAAAAUAACAUGCCAACAGUAUCAGCAUAAGCUGUUUUUACUGUCUUGUAAAUUAAUUCACCAUUAAGGUAGAGUUCUGCCAAGGGGUAUUUGUACAUGUGUUUAUAUGCACUAUGAAAGGAAAAAAUACAAGGAAUGUGAAGAAGUGUAUGGAUGAGUUACCAUCAGAGCCAUACUUCCAUAACUGUGGCUAUAUGUGCUCACCAAUUUAGGUAUUAAGUUGGAUAAAUUCAAGAUUGAUGUGAGAAACUGGGUUGUGGGUGACAGUGUCUGCAAGGUUUGCACAAUUGUCUGCUGUUGGCAUUAUUACUGUAGCACUACACCAUUAAUUGUAAAUUGGGAAUAGUAAAACAGAGAAGCCUGAUAUUUGUUUAAAGAACACUAACAACAACAAAAACCUACCAGAGAAGCUUCAGAGUUCCAAAGCAAGUGAAAAAUUACUUUCAGAACUUAAAUGAUAACUUAGAAUAAAUAAAAAUUAAAUCAAUUAUUAUCA